AUGUCAACCUACCAGACACCGGCAUCCGCACCGGCACCCGGAACCGCCACGUCGCAGCAGCUGAUGAUGCAUCCCCAGUCUGGUAAGGUGCUUCAAGAAAAAAUUUCUGUGAAUCAAACUCCUAUCACGCCUCAAGCGAACGCAGAUUACUCAAACAGAGAUGUGCUUAAAGACAUCAAGAUUGAGAAGGACUCGUUUUUUAUGAGAGGUGUUUACUUGGCAGCAGGUACCGCAGCAAAGCACGCGGCAGAGCCCCAAAACCAGGGGAUACAGGCCCCGAACCUCCCGGUGCUUGCUGAUAAGAUUACGUUGCUUGAUGGCAGCAUAAUGGUUUUGGGGCCACUGAAUAGCUCUGAUCUAGAGACACUCAUGAAAACUUGGCACGAAUCGCGAAAGUUGAGGAAACAGAAAGAUGACAAGGAAGCCCUCUGA